AACCUCCACGAAAUUGCAAAAGCUAUCAUGGCGUCUCGUCGAUUUCUCAUCUCAGCGAUUGUACCGCUUUUCGCUAUGCUGGUGUUGCAGAUCUACCGUCCCAGCCUUUUGCAGCUAUCAAACCUCAGAUCUGUUUUCUUCGAUGAGCUACCUGCACGCUCAGAUACACUAAUCGUCAUAUCCGCCUUUGCACAUUGGUCGCACUACGAGAAAAUGGCAAAACUAGCAGUCAUUCUUGCUGAAAUUGGCUACCCAAUCAUCUUCAUUACUGGUCGCAUAUUUGAAGAGAACGUCAAAGCCCUUCAUGCUCGGAUCGAAUUUCGCCCGCUGAUUGGCGGCGAUGACAAGAUGAGCCCGGAAGACCUCAGCAUCUAUUUGUCUAAGGAGCCAGGGCAAGAACAAGAGAUGUUCAUCACUAAAGUUGCGCUGAUUGGAAGUAUGAAACCUACACACGAAACUCUACAACAAGUCUUUCAAGAGUUCCGUAACAAUUACGGUGACAGCAAGCCGUUGAUUUCUCUGUUCGAUACGCCAGUUAUUGGUCAUCACCCAAUAUUGCUUGGUGCUCCCGGUAUCAAACCAGACGCGAGCAUCGUCGUCAGCUGUCACCCUUUGAUUCUGAACUCGAACGAUAGCUAUCCAUUCUACGUCGGAAAAGCACCACAUGUUGGCCCAGAUGCAAGAGCUGUCCACCAGAAAGCCAUUCUAGACCAGCAAAAAGACUACAAGACCGCCACAUUUCGUACCUGGUAUCAAGAAGCCUUGAAUGAACAUGGUGCCUGGACAGAGCGGUACAUAAUGGACUCAAUGCACUCUGUAACGGAUCAGAUACUAGCUCUCGGCGUGCCCGAAUUCGAAUUUCCUCGCAGCGACAUUCAACCCACCGUUCACUACUUUGGAGCGAUGAAGACCAUCAAAAAGCUCGGCGCUAAAGGUCCGGCUCUGCCCAGCUGGUGGGGUGACGUGAUUGAAGCGAAGCAGCAGGGGAAGAGAAUCGUUGCGGUAAGCCAAGGCACGGUGGAAACGGACCUAAGCAAUCUUGUGCUGCCGACAUUGGAAGCACUGAAACACAGAGACGAUGUGUUGGUCAUUGCAACUACUGUAGAAAUUGAGCCAGCUGAUGUUAAAGACCUUAACGUGCCACACAACGCACGAGUGGCAAAGUUUGUGCCUUACGAUCUGUUGCUUCCUCUUGUUGAUGUUCUUGUCAACAACGGUGGCUACGGUGCUGUCAUCCAAGCUCUGGAGCACGGCGUUCCUUUGGUCGUUGGCGGAGAAGGUCAAGACAAAGCUAUUACCAACGCAAUCGUGCAAUGGUCUGGCGUUGGGAUUCACGUUGGAGGCCGGUCUCCUGGCUUGGAGAACAUCCGUGCUGGCAUUGAAGAGAUUCUGGUAAACGAAUCGUAUGCGCAGAAAGUCAGAGAGAUGCGCAAGAACUUCAAGAGAUACGAUGUUGGAACUGUCGCUGACGGCGUUGUUCAAAGCGUGGUCCGCGAUUGGGCUGCAAAACGUCGAUAACGGCUGGCCGGCUCAGAUACCGAAGAAAUACUACAGGUUCUCUCUAGAGCUCAACUACCAAGUCUCUCGUAACUAGCUGGCCCCGUUCUGGUCGUAAGAUUGAUUCCCAUAUGUAUACCACUCGGAGCAACAUAGAUUGUCUUCUACUGGGGAUCUCAAAAUACUCAUUCUGUGGAAACAUUUAUCAAAGUAAAACCUUUACAGGUUUAAGCAACCAUGAGGCUGGAUGGUCACUUUUCAAUACGAGGCAGGGUUUUGUGCUGGAAUAUUGACGAUGCAAGACUCUGAAGCGAACAGAUAGUAUGGACAGUUAGGUCAGCUUGCGUAUGCUGCUCACGACGGCCAUUAAUAAUGUCACAAGCUUUUCAUCA